AAGACCAGGCGCCCAUGUCCCCCGAAAGCCCGAGCGCCGCGCAACUGAAACCGGUCGCCGCCGUGUCGCAGACCACUGUCGCCAGCUCACCGGUGCGCUGUGCGCCCGUGCAGAGCAGCUACGCGCUCGAGCGGCGCGCCAAGCACGAGCACCGGCCCGCGGACACUGCGCCUGCGCAGAAUGGUGUACGGGAGUGCAAUAGCAGUUCCGACGAAAACCGAUCGUCGGGCCACGCGUCCAUGUCGGACAGCGGAGGCGGCGAAGCGGGUCGCGACGAACCACGACGAAACCGGCAACCACCGCACGCUAGGACCAAACAUCGACCACACAAUAAGUUGCAGUCCCCCUGGCCGGGCGGAGGAGGUCUGGAGGACAUCAGAUCAGCCAUUAAGCAGCUCACUCUUCGCUCCAGAGACAGUAGCAGUACGGCAACCAGUGGCGCUUCCAGCGCUGGCGGCGGCAGUAAUAAUGGAGCACCAGAGAGUGGCAGCGCGGCCGAAGCUCGCCGGAGACGGGCCCCGCUGGUCCGCCAGCCCUCCCUCGACACGGUGUGCACCAACGUAACGAGCGCGGACGAAUUCGUGUGGGUUGAUUCACAUAAUAGGCUCGUGGAGCUGCGCUACGUGCCGUGGACGGCGGGCGACGUGACGCGCGCGCUGCACGCGGGCCGCUGCCGCGAGUUGGCGGCGCGCAUGGCUCCGGACGCGCCGCCGAGACUCGCUUAUCUGUUGCAAAGGGCAUUAGUGCGGAUAGCGCGUGAAGCUCAGCGUCUGUCGCAGAACUUCGGUUUCUGCUCCAAGCACGAGGUGGCUGGCGCUCUCCGGAUCGUCCUUAGUACGCCGCUGGCUGAUUCCUGCAUCAAGGGUUGUCAAAGAGCAGCCACAAUGUACGCAACGUCAGGCAGCGCGGCCAGGAGGCUGGGCUCGGCCGCUCGGGCUCGCACCAGCUUGGCGCCCGGCAGAUUCCAAAGAUGGAUGCUCGAUGUGCGCGUCGCUUCUUUCGUCCAUGAAUACGCCGCAAUCUACCUCUGCGCAGGCAUGGAGACACUCUUGGAAGAAAUAGCACUGAUAGCUGCAGGCACUGCUGUCACAUCGCCCAUAACACCAGCCACCAUCGACCAUGCAGUGGCUAACUGUGCUGAUCUGUGGGGCUUGCUCCAGCCGUAUAGUCAUUUAAAUGCUGGAAGGGUUGCCUCAGGAGCCCUGUCGCUGUCAAGAUGGGAAUCCAUGAGCUCCUUAGGUUCGGGCUCGUCAACCGGAGCGCCUCGUCCCGAGAACAGGGCGCUAGGAAUGAGCCAUGAUUCCGGAAUUACGACGAAUGGUUCUGGUGGCUCAGGAACGUCAGCAGGGUCCAACAACAGCGGCGGUUCGGGCGCCUCGGUGCUGCUGACCACGUGCGCGGGCUCCGCGGCUGAGUUGCGCGCAGUUCUGCGACAGGUCAACCCGCGCCACCCGCCACUGUCGCCCGCCGCUGAGCGCGCGCUGUACUACUUCAUGAGAUGCUCCCAGCUGGAGCACACGUCAAGCGGCGCAUCGGGCACGGGAUGCGGGGCCGGGGCCACGGGUGGGGCGGGGCUGUGGGGGGAACGGGGCGCGGGCGCUUUGCCGCCGCUCGGGGAGUGGGUGCGGGUGGCGCGGGCGCACGCGGCGCUGCGACCGCCGCCCGCGGUGCCGGAUGCGGACGACAUACUGCAGUCGGCGAGGCUUCUGCUGCCCCACGCGGACUGCCCGCCCAGACCUGUCACGUUAGAAGAAGCCAUAGAACCGGCGUGGUCGCGUUGCCAGCGGACGGCCGACGAGCUCAGUCGCGCCGCGCUCGGCCUCGCGCAGCGCGCACUGCUGAGCGGCCGGCCCGAGCUGGUCGGCGGGGUGCGAGCACUGCUGCCGCCCGCCGGGAUAGACGCAACCGACGCCUCGGGCCUCACCGCGCUGAUGAAGGCAGCUUUGGCAGGCGACGAGCAAGUCGUGGCUAUGCUCAUCGAAGCAGGCGCGGAUCCCAACAUCGAGACCGCGGGGGCGGCCACGCAGCACUGUGCGCUGCUGUCGCCGCGCUCGCCGAGCCAGCCGCCGCACUCACCCCCCACCCCGCCGACCCCUACUCCGGGGUACACGCCGCCGACUGCGGGUUGGACAGCGCUAGUGUACGCCUGCAGUGGCGCGGGAGCCGCCGGCGCCGUGGAGGUGGCGCGGCGACUGCUGUCCGCAGGCGCCAGGGUCGACGGCGCGCCGGCGCGAGGAGAUGACGUCUGCACUCUUACUCCUUUGCAGAUGGCGUGCGGCGUUGGGAAUUUAGAAUUGGUACAACUGCUGCUCGCGCACGGAGCUGAUCCCUUUCUUUCCACACAACUGAACGACGCCCUGUGCUACUCCGCUGCAGCUCAGUAUGGGUGCUACAGCGCUGUAGCCGUCUGCUGCACCCACGGUCGCAGAGCGUGUCUCCGAGCGGCAGUGCGAGGUGGGGCGCGGGGGGCCGGGGGAGGUGCGGUGCUCUCUCUAGAGGAGGUGCUAGCGGAGGGCGCUCCGCCAGCGUCGGGCAGGCCUCCGCCUUUUACGAAACAGCAGCAGCGAGCGUUGCAAGACGCUAUGUACUAUGCAGCCGAAACCGACCAUUUAGACAUAACUCUCGAGCUUCGUGCACUGGGAGUCCCCUGGUCGCUUCACGCGUGGACACUGUCACUGGCAGCGGCCGCCGAAGCCUCGCUUGACCACGUCAUAGAUCAACUGCUUCAAGAUUUCUUGCAGGUGUGUCCGUCCGACGACAGUCACUACAGCAAGCAAUUCAUAUACGAGUGCCUCCCUCUGCUUUUCAACAUUUUACGCUACAGCAAGAAGGAAGGCACAGUUCUACUGCUGGCCGAUAUCUUAUGCGCCUGCUACGGCUGGGAGCCCGUGCCCGGCGUGCUGGAGCCGCCGCCAGCCGCGCCCGCGCCCGCGCGGGUCGACCCCUCCUACGUCAACAACCCUUCACUCGCAGACGUUACUUUCAGGGUGGAGGGCCGCCUGUUCUACGGGCACAAGAUCGUGCUGGUGUCGGAGUCGUCCCGCCUGCGCGCCAUGCUGGCUCCGCCGCGCACGUCCGCGGACGCGCUGGCCGCCAACGCGCCGCCGCUUGUGCAGAUCAACGACAUACGAUACCAUAUAUUUGAGCAAGUGAUGAAGUACCUGUACUCUGGCGGCUGCGCCGGGCUGGCCGUCCCGGAGAGCGACGUGCUGGAGGUGCUCGCGGCGGCGUCCUUCUUCCAGCUGCUCCCCCUGCAGAGGCAUUGCGAGGCGCGCGCGGCCAAAUCCGUAGACCUGCAUAACUUGGUCUCAGUCUACAUACAUGCUAAGGUGUACGGCGCCACUCAACUUUUGGAAUACUGCCAAGGGUUUCUCCUACAGAACAUGGUGGCUUUACUAACAUAUGAUGACUCUGUGAAACGGUUACUGUUUGGAAAGCGACUGCCCGGCCACAACGUGCUCAGUGCUCUACUGACCACCUUGCAAAAACGAAUCGAAUCCAGGAAGAACCAGGCGAAGAGUAGGUAGCAGGAAUGAGGCAACAACUUCUAGAGAAAACUAAUUUUAACAUAAUUCUUCAAAUCAUACUACUACUUCGGUGUGAGCGAUUGUCAGUGCUGACAAUCGUUGGUGACUCCACUCGUCUCCAAAGAGGAUAAUAUAUACCAUGGUCUAAUUAACGGACAACUUACUAUAAUCACAUACCAGUCUCCCUUCUUCACUCACCUUUUUUAGUAGUAGAGUUUCACUUAUUUAAGUCAUAGUAGACGUUUUUCGGCAUAGCUCGUCCGGGGAAGUACUACAGCAAUGAUUAUUUCUGCCGCUAACAACAUUGAGAUGCUCCGGUCUGAAGGGCGCGGUCGCCCAUGCCCAUGGGGCUUAACAGCAACGCCUCAGAUUGAUGGACACGGGGCGGUAUUUUGGAGAACGUGUCACUCGCAAUCUGCUUGGUCCAUCAAUUAUUACUAUAAAAACCCGAUAAGUUAGUAAGAUUUAUAAACUAGGCAAACAUGGCAACUAUUUUUUUUUAUUUUAAUUAAAUAACAGUAGCAGUUAAUUCGACCGUGAUAUAUAACUUAGCUCUUGUUAUUCUGUAUUCUAAAUGUAUUUCUAUGUGUAUUAUCAAAUGAAUGCUUUAAUCCGUAUUUAAAAAAAUUAUAAUAGUUAGUAAUUUUUUUAUGUAAAUCGCACAUAAUAAUAUAUGAUACCGUCAAUAAUUCGUUCUACCCGAACAUUUUUCAACAUCGUAGUCGCAUCGAUACUUCGAGACAUGCUUACUUAUCAUACGAGUAAGUUUUAAUAAAUACAAAUAGAGUGCAACAAAAAAGCAUAGAAUCGUGUUAUGUAGAAGAAAUAUCCACAAGAAUCUAUAUAAAUAGGACUGCUUAUACACUUGAACUUGGACUUUUCAUUCUUUAUAUUUUCUCUCGCAAAUUAUUUAAUGAAUUGUAACUAACAAAUAUCAUUUAAUUCUAGGUUUGUAAAUAACUCUUAUAUUUUACUAAGGUUAAAAUAGGAAUAAGAUUUGGCUAGUUUAAACUAAUCAUAAUAAUUUUAUAUA